AUGUCGAUCACUCCAAAGAUAGCGAAGAGCCUCGAGAACUAUCUGCAGGAUAGGGCGACUAGGGUCAUUGAAGAAGGGCUUUGGCUACUCAAUCAUGACUAUCGUGACGCCGUGAUUGACCUAUGUGGUGACCAAAUCGGGGCCAAACGGCUCACAUAA